AUGGGCAGCAUGGGGAGUACCAAGGAGAACGCAGUUACGCCUCUGACUCCUGUUACCAUGACUCCUGUUACCAGCAAGUCAUCCUUCGACCUCAACGAGACCUUGGUAGACGGAGUAGGCUCGGUGGAUGACCUUGUUCACCAUCGUGGAAGAGGCAACAGCUUGGACAAUACUGAUUCUGACGACGACGAAUUCUUCACCUCGAGCUCCUCUCCUCCUACGCCUGCAAGAGCUCUGCCCUGGGACGGUUAUAUCUCUUGGACUGAUACGCUGGCCAACACUGAUUUCAGCAAGUUGGAAGGAAGAUUUUCAGGAUUCGGAUCCCGUGCAGAACUCAUCGCUCAUGGCCUAGUUUAUACCCCCCGCUUUGAUGAUAAAGAUGCCUAUCGAACUGUCUUCCUCACUAAACUCCCUCUGGAUGUUGAUAUGAGGACUUUGCUCUCUGCUAUCCGAGGAGGGGCUGUGUACUCAGCUCAUAUCAUGAACUUGCAGGAGUAUGUAGGGCACCACAUGGGAGUUGUGACCUUUGUUCGAGGCAAGGAUGCUUCCGCCUACGUCAACUUUGCAACCAACCACGGUGUAUACUUCAAUGACGCCAGAGUUGAUGUCUACCUCUCCAAGACUCCUACAUACCCAAUCCCUAAGGCAAUGCAUCAAAAUAUCACAGACCAGCUCUAUUCCCGUGGCUUGGUGAUCCGAGGAGACCGGGACCCCAGACGAUACAGCUACAUCGCAAAGAAUCUAAAGAACAAAAUGCGCCUUGACUUUGAAAUGGGAGACAGAAUGACUGAAAUGCUGACGAAACCGAGGUCAAAGUCCAGUUCAGCUCAAUUCGAGCUGCUGAUGCUGCCUAUGGAAUUCUUAGGUCCCUCUUGA